AUGGCACAAGUCGAGACAGUCAGCUUUGGAGCAGCGCUCAAGGAUGGCUAUAAGCCGGUCGACAACUGGGUCAGCAAUGGUAUUUCAUGGCUGGCGGAGAUAAAGGAGUUCUACGAUGAGCGAGCCGCUAUUGAGAAGGACUACAGUGCUAAGCUGACAGCACUGGCGAAGAAAUAUUACGAGAAGAAGAACAAACGGUCCAGCAAUUUGAGCGUGGGCGACAACCCUGCUCUGACACCAGGGUCGCUCGAGUCGGCAUCCCUCACGACUUGGACCACCCAACUGUCCACGCUCGAAGCCCGCGCAAGCGAACAUCAAAGGUUAGGCUCUGACCUCAUCAGCCAAGUCGCAAACCCACUGCAGUACACUCAACAGAAAUUUGAAGAGCUUCGAAAAAGCCAUGUGGACUAUCAGGCUAAGCUGCUCAAAGAGAGGGACUCUUCGUAUGCUGACCUGAAGAAAAUGAAGACAAAGUACGACACCAGCUGUGGAGAUGUCGAGAGCAAGAGAAAGAAGAUCGAAAGCUCGUUCGAUUCGUCAAAGGGGAAGGCGCAGAACUCGUACAAUCAGCAGUUGAUGGAGAUGAACAACGUCAAAAACACAUAUUUGAUCGGCAUCAACGUCACCAAUAAAUUAAAGGAAUGCUAUUACCACCAGUACGUUCCUGCACUUCUCGACUCUCUACAGGAUUUGAACGAGACUCGGGUAUCGAAACUGAAUACUAUUUGGUCUCUUGCAGCCGCCCUAGAGACUGCUGCGCUGAAAAGGAGUACGGACCAGUUGGCCCACCUCUCCAAUGAGAUCCCCCGAAAUAAUCCAGCUCUAGACUCGGGCAUGUUCUGCCACCAUAACGCCGUACAAUGGCAGGAUCCUCCCGACUUCGUCUUCGAGCCUUCACCGGUCUGGCUGGAUUCGGAUGCAAUGGCCGUUGACGAGACAUCGAAAAUCUUCCUCCGAAACAUCCUCUUGAAAUCUAAACCACUUGCCCAAUCGCUCAAGUCGGAAACAGCAGCUAAGCAAAGGGAGCUCGAAAAUGUGAAGCGUGCUCGUGAGAACAUCAGGGCUGGUAAGGACAAGCGUGAUGAGUCUGACUGUCUGCGAUCUCAAUUCGCCGUGCAGGAAGAUCUACACGCAAUUGAGCGAAAACGUUUGACCGCAGAGGUUGAGACUAGCACGGUUACCAGCGUUGUGGGCGACCUCAGCAUGUAUGGGAAGAGUCACCCCUUCAAGUCGGAAACGUUCAAGAUACCUACAAACUGUGAUCUUUGCGGUGACCGGAUUUGGGGCUUGUCAGCCAAAGGCUUCAUCUGUACAGAGUGUGGCUUCACAUGUCACAGCAAGUGUCAGAUGAAGGUCCCAGCGGAUUGUCCUGGAGAGCAGACGAAAGAGGAGAGGAAGAAGCUGAAGGCAGAAAGACAAGCUGCUGCAACAGCUGCUGUAGAGGCACCCCAACAGCCCCCGGCAACCGCGACCAAUGGUACAAUGCCAUCCCUAACACGGCAGGAUACCAUGAAUAGCUUGUCUUCUGGCUUUGCUACAUCCGCCAACAGGUCAGUAUCUGGCACGGUUCCGAGAACGGCGUCAAUGACAUCUAGUACGACUGUCACCACACCAACCCAAGAAUCACCUAGCUCACCACUAGCUACACCCACAUCAACAUCUGCGGCCGCGGGAGGGACGAGAAGGAACCGUAUCGUCGCUCCUCCGCCAGCGGCGUAUGUUAGCGCUCCUCCCGAUGAUGGCCCAGUUUCACCAACCGGCCAGCGAAAAGGUCGUAUGCUGUACCCAUAUGAGAAGCGUGAUGAGGGUGAGGUGACCGUUGAGGAGGGCAAGGAAGUGACGAUUGUCGAGGGAGAUGAUGGCGGAUGGACCAGAAUCCGCGCAGGCUUCGGCCUCGAAGGGCUAGUCCCCACAGCGUACCUCGAAGAGCUGCCAUUCCAACCAUCUGCCAGCGUUUCAGUCUCGCACUCGCCCCGCCCGGCCUCCUCCCGCUCCGAAUCCACCGCCUCGUUAGCUUCUACGCAACAAGUGAAGAAGAAAGGCCCCGCGGUGGCGCCGAAACGUGGAGCCAAGAAGGUCAAGUAUGUGGAAGCGCUGUACGCCUAUGAAGCCCAAAGCGAGCUAGAGUUCGAUAUGGUAGAAGGGGAGAGAUUCAUCCUCAUCAGUAUGGGGACAGGGGACGGCUGGGCGGACGUAGAGAAAAACGGGGAGAAGGGAAAUGUACCGGCGGCGUAUAUACAAGAGGUCCCGUGA